AUGGCUGAACACCCUCGACGGAAGUCGCCAACGAGAAAGGCUGACGUGUUCGCAGCACAGAAGUAUCAACUGGAAGCUCCGCUCAACACAAUCACCUCAACGUCACUCAAGAAAACCAUGAAUUUCUUCUUCGCAUUAGACUUGCGGAACAAGGGUAGGUGUAGCGCAUUCGGUAAGAGGUCUGUAGCCGCACGUUCGACGGUUCGAAACCGUCCUAGUGCCAACCAAGCCUUUCAUCCAUCCGAGGUCGAUAAAUCGGUACAUACUCGUCUGGGAGGAUAG